GGGCCGAAACGUCGGCUCGGCGGUUGGCGCGAGUUCCAGCCGUUAGGCCGCCUAAGUAGCCAAUGGGCGUUGGCCGGUGGGGAGGGGGGGCGAGGCUGGCCCUCGCUGGCUGUGGCCCCGCCCUCCGCUUCCCCCACUCUCCCUCUUUCUCUCUCUCUCUCCCCCCCCCUUCCUUUCGCCGCCGGCUCAGGUGAGCGAGGCUAAAGGCGCGGCGAUGGUCGCCAUUUCCUGAGCAACCCUCCCCCCCACCCGCGGUGACGGCGCAGCGGCAUCAGCGCUGACGUGGGGGCGACGCGCGGCCUCGCCCGGCCCAAUCCCUCCUCCCCGACCUACUUUCCCCUGUGACGGGGGCGCCACGUACUCGGGUGAGUCGCAGGAGGGGGCGGGGACAAGGCGGGAGCGCGCAAGGCGGCCGGGUCCUUCGGAGGGGGCGGCCCGGGUUUUGAGGAGGGGAAGGCGGUUGGGGCGAGCUCUGACAGGCAGCUCGGAAGGGGCUAGGCGGGACGGCGAAGACCGGGAGAAGCGGGGCGGGGGGGGGCAGCAUCGGCAGCGCUCGAGGGAGGCUGAGUCAAAGCCUGGCUGCUUUCUCCCUCACACGCGAAGGCCGAAAUCAACGCGGCUUGGUUGUGACACCCAGAGACCGGCCUUACUGCCCCCCUCUGCGCAUGUGCAGAGUGGCCACCGUCUCACGCACCGUGGCAGGUUUCAGAAAACACAGUCAGUGCUUUUUUCCUUGGAGGGACGCAGACCCCAUGACAUUUGGUAAAUCUUAAGUUUGGCCUCAUUGAGGAGCAGUAUUUCAGUAUUAGGAGGAAAAUGAGAGUACCCCUAAAUAUAUAUAUAUAUAGAAUAAAAGCACUGAACACAAUAAUACUAAAAGUACAGCGCGAUCCUGUUUAGGGUUACAGUGGUGCCUCGCAAGACGAAAUUAAUCCGUUCCGCGAGUCUCUUCGUCUUGCGGUUUUUUCGUCUUGCGAAGCAAGCCCAUAGGGAAAUUCGUCUUGCGGAACGACUCAAAAAACGGAAAACUCUUUCGUCUUGCGCGUUUUUCAUCUUGCGAGGCAUUCGUCUUGCGAGGUACCACUGUACUUGAGGGGAAGCCCCACUAUGUCCACCUAUAGUGCAUAUGUACCAGUAAGUAUCCGUAGGGGAAUGGCUGCAGCUCAAGGGCAGAGCAUCUGCUUCGCAGGGCCUUCAGGCAGGGGUGGGAGAGAAAUCCCAUUUGAACCCGCUGCCGGUCAGUGCAGACAACAGUGACCUAGAUGGACCAAUGGGCCUGACUCAGAAAGUAAGGUAAAGGUACCCUCUGACCAUUAGGUCCAGUCGUGGCCGACUCUGGGGUUGCGGCGCUCAUCUCGCUUUAUUGGCCGAGGGAGUCAUGUGGCCAGCAUGACUAAGCCACUUUUGGCGAACCAGAGCAGUGCACGGAAACGCUGUUUACCUACCUGCCAGAGCGGUACCUUUUCAUCUAUUUGCACUUUGAUGUGCUUUCGAACUGCUAGGUUGGCAGGAGCAGGGACCAAUCAACAGGAGCUCACCCUCUCGAGGCAAGCCCUAGGCUCUGUGGUUUAACCCACAGCACCAUUCGAUGGACCAAUGGACCUGACUCAGAAAGUAGCUUUCUGUAUUUCCUUCCUAAAGGCAUAGUCUUCAACAUGUUUAUGCAGGAGUAAGCCCUGCUGAGUUAAAACAAACUUGUUCCCUAGUAAAACGUGUUUUAGGAUUGCAGCCUUAAUCCUGAGUUUGUGCUUUUUCUCCUCUGGUGUUUCCAUCUUUUUCAAGAGAUUUCCUGUUUGGUAACUGCUGCUGCUGAGGGUAGAGUAAGGACUUUAGUAGAAAGAAAGGGGUUAAGUUAAGCCCUGCCUUAGGCUAGAUAUGAAAGAGGAAGCAACACAUUAGGGAUGUGGAGUAAGAACUCACAUGGAGAUAAGAAAGCAGAGUUAUGGGGAGGUCUCUCCUUAGUGAUAGGUUUGGGCUUAUCACAUAAAUUAAGAACGAAAAAGGAAAAUUUGAAAAUAAAGCAAGGAGGGUUCCAUUGUGAUCCAGUGGCUGCAGUUGGCCUCUAAUAAGCAAACACAUCAUUCAGAAGACACAAUGUUAUGGUCUCACUGUCUGAUCUGGCCUUGGUCAAGUUAUGUUAUCAUAGCCUCAGUUUGAAGGCAAGAAAGGAAUCCUAGCAAUGAUCUGUCACACUCUUUUGGUAAGCAUGAGCACACAGAUUGCAAAGCAUAUUACAGUUUAAAUUUUAACAGGAUGAGCCUGGGAAAUGCAAUAUUUGCUGAUAGCAAAAGAAAGAAUACAUUCUGUGUACGGAAGGAAAGACAAUAGUUUACAAAACAUUAAAGUGUAUUUUUAGCUGAUUGGUGUGAUGUAACCCAAUGCAGACCCCCCUUAUAAAUGUUUCAUAGGUCAAGUCUUGUAAAGCUGCUUGGCUGUUAGUAUGAAAUAACUGGCUCUUCAUUGAACACAGUGGGGCUUCCUUUUGAGUAAGCAUGCCUAGGAUUGCUUUGUUUGACUGUUUCAUCUGUCUUCCAUGCAUACCCUGCCACAGAUUGUAGAGAAAAUGUAAGAAACAAAGGCACCAUAUUCUCCAGCAAGGCUGAAGGAAGUUGUCAAAGGAGCCACCAGUUUUUCUUUAUCUUGAAAUAGAGAACACUAGGCUUCAAUUAGAAAAAAGGGACUGUAUGAGGGGUAAUAUUACAAACAACCAAGGCAUACAUAAUCUCCCUUCAGACUGUAUAUGGAAAGCCUUCAUGCAGACCCUGGCUGUCAUCAAUAACUUUGACUUUCAAUUUUGUUGAUAAAAAUAUCUAAUUUAUUUGUUGCAGGGUGGUGUCUUUUAAAUACUGCUUAAAUGGAGUAAAAUAACUAGUAAAGGCAGCGCUUCUCUCUUCAUCUUGCCCUCCCCCCAAAAGCUAUACUCUUUGGGCAUAACAGUGUUUAGUUGUUGGUUAUACAGAAUAACAGAGCAAGUGAGACAGUAUCUGGUCCAGUGAAAGUAAUCUUAUACACAAAAACAGGAAACAUAAUUGAAAGUUUCACAACUUUCAAGGAAUAGGGUUUUUUUGCCAUUAUUUCUAGUGUUUAAACGAACUAGUACAUCAAAACAAUAGCUCAAGCCCUGCACUAAUUUUAAAAUCUAAAAGUAUAAAUGUAAUAAGAAUGGGGGUUGCUCGUGCGUAAGUUGCCGCCACUCCUGGCUAGGUUGCCUGGUUAAACCUUUCCUGUCCGGACAGCCCUUCACUUCAUGGCUGUCUCAGUCGCUAGCAGAAUCCGUCAGUGGGCGUCUCUUAAACCUUUUCCAGCAUAAAAGCUGUUUGACGCCAAGUCUCCUCCUACUCUCCCUGCGCGGAAGUCUUCUGCGCAGAGAGGGUGUGGGUAGCGGAGGACCCGUGCUCUCCCCGCUGGUCUCCGGCGAGGAGUCCUGAAGCCCCCUCGCCGAUUCCCCCAUCUGCCCCCCUUUAUCCCUGGUGUUACGCUGAUUUCCUUCCCCACCUGAUGAGCUGCCUCUCUCCCUGCUGGGCCCUUCUCCAGCAUCACUUGGGAGCCUAGCCUCCGCCUCUGGCUCCGAUGUCAGUUCCCUGACAAAAGGGAAGCAGAGGAAGGAAGGUACAGGAGAAAGGUUAGUUUUACAUGACAUAUUAGUGAGUUUCUUAAUAGGCAUUUAAUUCCAGUAGUGAUCAGGUUGAUCAUCCCUUUAUGUUAUUGCUGGGACAGAGGUGAUAUAGCUACGUAAUAGUCCUUGGUUCCAUGUAACAGUAAGCAAAAGGUGUUUGGGAACACAUAAGUCAAGAAUCAUUGCACUGUACCAUGUCAUAUAAUGAGGUUUGGAUUUUCCUCUAGAACAUGUUUAUGUAUGUAUUGUAACAAGAAACGUAGCUGUUUAGUGUACCUUAUACCUCCAUUGUACCUGGAUUAUGGGUAUGGCUUUAUUGGCUUUUUUGAACUUGGAAUGUUAAAUGAAACAACUGCUGUUUAGUAUGUUCUUCUGUAAAUAGUCACCUAAAAAUGAUGCUGUAUUAACUAUAGUUACCUGAAAAGGACUUGUUUUCAGCUAAAUGUGAGAUUCAUGCUUUUUUCAGUCAAAGUCACUGUAGUGAGGAAAAUUUCAGGCUGUGCAGUAUAUGAAGCUAUGUUUAGCAUUUUUUUCCUUCAUACUUUGACAUUUCCUGGACUAGGAUGCAGCUCCAUCACGUACAGAGAAGCAGCACAUAUGAUUUUUAUGUCAUCACGAGUUGAAGUGUGAAAUUAUGAAAUGCAAGGUUUCAGAGUCUUUGAAGCCACAAUGAAAAAUGGAGAGAAAUUUCUUUCUCUUGCACAUGAACAUGAAAAAAUACCCAGCAUCAAGAUUUAUAAACUACAUCCAUAAACUGUUAACUGCAAACAGUAUAACAAGGCUUUGCAAAAAUAAACAAAAAACAAACCUAUAACUUGGAAUAAAGUAAAAUUUUGAAAGUGUACUUUUAAGACAUCAUCAGCAUAAUGCUGCAUAUUCUUAUUCAAUUAUUCAGCAACUUUCAUUAUUAAACAUUUGGAUCCACUCUUGUUUCUAGUAUGUGAAAUAAGAUUCUGUGUUUCCUGAGAAUAUAUUCUAUAAAGUGCAAAACUAUGUAGAUUUGUUGUAGGAUGUAUUUUCUUGCAUCCAGGCGGGUGUCCCUCCCCAAAUAAAGGUUUGUUUCCAAAGUUUGAGGCUCUUCUUUGUGUUAAAACCCUUCUAUAUUUGUGCUGGGGAGUGUUGGAGGUGCACUCUCACUUCACAUGGGGUAACAAGCCUCCUAAACAUGUCAAAUCAAUGGGGCAUGUGCCCUACAAAACCUAUUCCAGAAUCUUUGGCCAUGGACAGAAAUUCUCUGGCAAGUGAAUGCAUAUUGUUUACCUGAUGUAUGGAAAAUACUUGCUGACAAAAGUUUGAAAACCACAGUUGUGGAGUAUGAAAUCUCCAAAAAUUGAGUUGAACAUUGUGGCAUAGGUACCUUGGAUCAUACAGUCUUCCUUGCAUCGCAAUUAAGUCUCCAAAACUCUUGUCAAAUCUUUAAUUCAGAACUUUAGCUAAGGUGCUCCCCCCCUCCCAAUUCUUCACUGGGUGAGUGUGUUCCAUAAUACUUAUAAAAUCUCUUGCGUGUGAUUGAACGAAAGCUUUUUUUCUCUUCUGCGCUUCUGUUCAAUAUUCUAGUGAACCUUGUGUACUGUAACAUUGUGAGUGUUGGUUGCUAUGGUAGUUAGUUAUGACAUCACAAAUGGAACAUAACUUCACUGCAAGGUUCACUAAGAGGGAGAGUGGUCUGGAGAAGGAAGAAGUCCUUAAAAAAAAUUCAAUCAUAAUGAGCAAAUGUGGCAAAAAACAGCAUGCAAGAAUUAACAUAAGGUAGCCAUUGUAUAAUUAGUUAUUGUUAAAAUUUGUUUCCGCACUGCAAAUAUGUAGAAUGUGUUUCAUGUAUUAGUGGCUCAGAUAACCUGAGGAGCAACCAAGCACAUAAAGAUCUUAACAUUUAGAAAGAAGGCUUUUCUUUAUGUAUUCAAUCUAAUGCUCUCAAUUUGACUAGCAACAAAGUUGAAAAAUUUAUGUCAAACUUUUUUUAAAAAAAACACACUCAUUUACUUGCUAGGCAUGUUUUUUUGUAGGAGCCAAUUAAUGAAAUGUAAUAUGCCGCAGGGAUCUAACAAGGGCCUAGUGUUGUACGACAUAUUUAUAAAUGACGGCUAAAGUAAUAGAGAGGAUGCUUAUCAGAUUUACAGAUGACACCAAACUGGGAGUGGUAGCUAAUAUCACAGAAGAUAGAACAAGGAUUCAAGACAAGUUUUACAGAUUGGAGAACCGGGCAGAUUGGAAAAUAAUAAAAUGAUUUUUGGUAUGGACAAAUAUAAGGUUCUGCACUUAGGGAGGAAGAACCAGCUGCACAAAUUCAGGAUGAAGGACACCUUGACAGCAGUACAUGUGAAAAGGAUCUGGAGGGGGCGGUCUUAAUGAGUCCACAAGCUUAGCAUAAGAGAUGUAGCAGCAAAAAGGCUAAUGCAAUUCUUGACUGCAUCAACAUAAGUUUAGGGUCCAAAACAAGGAAAGUAAUAGUACUACUCUAUUCUACCUGGUCAGACCCUACCUGGAGUACUGCAUCCAUUUCUGGGCACCACACAGGAUAUUUCCAAGCUGGAACAUGUGCAGAAGAGGGCAACCAAGAUGAUCAAGGGUCUGGAAACCAAGCCUUAUGAGUAAUUGCUGAGGGAGUUGGGUAUGUUAACCUGGCAAAAAGAAGGCAGAAGUGAAAUAAUAAUCUUCAAAUAUCUCAAGGGUUGUCACAAGCAACCUUGUUUUCUGCUGCUCCAGAGAGUAGGACUUAAACCAAAGGAUGCUAAUUAUGAGAAAGGAGAUUCUGACUAAACAUUAGGAAGAACUUUCUGAUGGCAAGAGCUGUUUGACAGCAGAACAGACUACCUUGGAAGGUGGUAGGUGCCUACAUUGGAGGUUUUUAAAGAGGUUGGAUGGCUAUCUGUCAGGGAUUUUUUAGCUGCAAUUCCUGCAUUGCAGGGGAUUGGAUUACAUGACUCUUAGGGUCCCUUCAAAGUCUACAGUUCUUUGAUUCUAUAACCCUUUAUAUCAUAUAGCUGCAGGUGCCAGAAAGCCAAGACUGCCACCAUCACGGUGGCAGCUGCAUCUCUACAUAAUUCACAUUCACACAGAUAGACACAUGUUUUGGGGUCACUGUGAUAACCUAGUUACCUUUGGGAUAAAGAGAAUUACAUGGUGCGUUACACUGAGACUUUUUGCAGACAUGUGGUUUCCAUAUAUGGAUAUCAUGCACUGCUUAAGAGAUUUUAAAAAUAUAAAGUGGUAUAUAAAUGCUUUUAUAUAAAUAAGUCAUGAUGUCCACUGAAAAAUGACAUUAAUAACUCUUGAUUUCAACGAGUCUGCUUUGAGUGACUAAUACCUGAUACCACCCAUAAUAAUUAGCUUCAUGUAUCCUAAGCUAAUUCUACAAGCCAAUGUUACAGGUUGAAAACAACUACAGUUCCUUCAAAAUAUUUCUCUCUCUCAAAAGAUUGACAUGCAGAAUUUACUAGCCUACAGACAAAACCUUGAUUUAGGAGAAACAAAGGCUGAAUGACUUCCAGCUGAGUUAUUACACACUAGAGUAGUUUCACCCCAGUUCCAGCUGUUUAAUAGAAUGCUUUCCUUUCUCCUAAGUGAUACAUAAAGCUAUUGACUUUAGACGUAUUUUAAAACCAAUGAAUUUAACAGACGUUUCUGCAAGAAAAACCUCUGUGUGUGUGUGUACCGGAAAAUUGUUUCAGACCAACGUGGCACAUUCAGCUACAACUUGUGUCCCAGCAUCUGCUGUGAUGUUCCAAGGAAUCAUGGAAGGCCCUUUCAUUUCCUUGUUGGCACUUCCAAAAACAUCUUCUCACCCAAAGGUACCAGUUUGGUUGCUUAUGCCAUCAUGCUGGUCCUGGCAUCUUGAAACGUACCGAGCAUAUGUUUGUCAAAGACACUUCCUGUAACCAUAAAUGGAUGUGAUCUUUUCACCUAUCUGGACAUGCCUUUUGGUACCUGAACAAACUUGGGGUUAUUGUGAGCUUCUUGUCCUUAACAGUGCAAGGACUCAUGUUUUUAUUAUUAAUCUUAUCUCCUCUAACUUGUUUUCUUAAAUACAAAAAGAAGAAAAUCAUGCUAUUUUAAAAGUAAGAGCAUAUAUAUUGUAACAUCUGCUAUUUUACAUAACCCAAGAUAUAAGAUAGAGACCAAAACAUAAUAUGUUACAUGCACUCCAGUCUCUUAGUAGUGAGAAGUUUCAGGGCUCCCAGCAAAAACCUUGGGUUUUCUUUUCUUAGAAUGAAGGUAAUUGGAGACUUGCGAUGCUAAUGUGAUAUAAGUCUUAUUUACACACAUACUCUGCACAAACCUGUGAUGGAAAAUUUACUGCAUUAACACUCCAAUAGAUCCUGUCCUGUUCCUCUUCAGAUUUAUUGGAAGUACAUAGAUUUGCUUUCUCCCAGAGAGUAAAUCAAGCCUCUGUGCCUCUUUCAAAUCCAGUUUCAAGGCUAUUGUUCCCUUUUGUUCUCUUUAACUGCACAACAAACCUCUUGAGGACACCACCUCCAGCCCCUGGGUGGAGAAUAAAGUUCUCUACCAGUUUGCUCCUAUGGCUGCUUGGCUAACUAGCUAUGCAAAGCCCAUUCCUUUGAACAAAUAUGCUAAGCUAAACUGGUCCAAUCUAUUUUUAUUUUCUUAGCAGUCUCUUUUUACAACCAAAGUCUCAGGGCUUGGGUGAUGGUUCAGCAAACCAGUUAACAGGCCUGCUAUUGGGACAGCAAUGAAGCCCAAGAGAUACACUACUAAAACUUGUAUACUCAAGUGUAAACCCUGUUGAAAUGGGGGGGGGGGGUCUUAUUCCCUGGUAAAUGGGGUUAGGAUUGCAGCCUAAAUCUAAUUCCAAUCUAUUUAUACUAGGCAAAAAGGUAAGGUAAAGGACCCUUGGAUGAUUAAGUCCAGUCAAAGGUGACUAUGGGGUGCAGCGCUCAUCUCGCUUCAGGCCGAGGGAGCUGGCGUUUGUCUGCAGAAAGCUUUCCAGGUCAUGUGGCCAGCAAGACUAAACCACUUCUGGCACAACGGAACACCGUGACGGAAGCCAGAGCACACAGAAAUGGCUUUUUAUACUAUGAUAAUCCAAAUGGACCCAGUUUAUAAGAAAGCCAAAGCCUCUGUGAUUCUAUGAUUCCUGGCACACUCACACAAUUCAAGUAAAUAAAGCAUGGCCCUUACAUUAUUGUAGCAUACUGCUUGGGCUGAUUCUGCUGUCCUGGGGUCUUUUAUAAUUUUAAGCUGACAACGUUCACUAAUCCACCACUUUUCUCAGCUACGUCUCUACAGUGGUACCUCGGGUUACAAACACUUCGGGUUACAAACACUUCGGGUUACAGACUCCGCUAACCCGGAAGUAGUACCUUGGGUUAAGAACUUUACAUUAGGAUGAGAACAUAAAUCAUACGGCGUCAGUGGGAGCCACAUUAGCUAAAGUGGUACCUCAGGUUAAGAACGGUUUCAGGUUAAGAACAGACCUCUGGAACGAAUUAAGUACGUAACCAGAGAUACCAUUGUAUUGGUGUCAAUUGGUCCGGAGUCUAGUAUUUGUCCAACAGUAUUCUAGCUGAAGUAAAUUAGUUUGCAACCUAAGUUCUAAGUUCCAUUCUUCUGUAGGAUGUAAACAAUUCAGUAAUAGUCUGAAAGGAGACCACAGAAUCUUAUAGGCAGCAAUACUCUUAAUACAACCCACAUACCCUUCCAGUAUUUGGGGGCAACUGUAUAGUCCCACCAACUUCUUUAAAAAUAUACGGUAACUAUAUUUGUAUGCUACUUGGGUGCUAAAAAGCUUUAAAUAAAUAACAUUUCCCAAAGAAAUAAUAAUUCAAAAGCAACAACCGAGAAGCAAACUCAGCUUAACCAACCAACCCACACACAAAAACACAAGAAAUACAUGGCACUGUAUGCAGCCCACCAAAUCUCCCUGGGGACAGCAUUUCACAGUUCUAGUGCCACCUCUGGAAAUUCCCUACUCUGAUCACUAGAAGCUGUUUAUUCCUGAAACAAUGGCAUAUGGAGGAAGGCCUUGUCCUCCAAUCUUAAAGUGGGGAUGGUGAACCCAUGGCCCUCCAGAUAUUACUGGACUGCAACUCCCAUUAUCCCCGAUCAUUGGAAAUUUUGGCUGAAUCUGAGAGUUGGAGUCUAACAACAUUUUAAGGGGCACAGGCUCCACAGGUUCCCUGUCUUAAAUAAUGGGGAGGACAUUCAUAUAUCAAAAGGUAGUGUUCCUUUAUUUGGGUUUUCAGCUGGUGAUAAAUGCACUGGAACUCUCUUGUGGUAUCAUAUUAUGAUGUCAUGCUUUAUUUAACCACAUAUUAAAAAGAAGGCAAAAAUGAAGAGAUGAAGUGAAUGGUGAUAGAGGCAUGAAUUGUUUCAUGUACUAUCUUGUGCAUUUUUCUCUCAUUUUUAGACAAAUGACCAUGGAAACAGGUGAAUCACAGCAAGAUGGCAAUGCAGCAGACUCUGUUGCAGAAAGUGAUGCUGCUACUAUACAGUCUCCAUCUGGCCAAAAUCAGAUAUCUACUAUAGCACAGGUAAUCUGACAUGUAACCUGACACCAACACCUAUAUAGUUAGCUACUGCAGGCAGGUAGAAGAAUGCAAGACUUGCCUGCAUACUUUGGGCUUUGGGGAAGCCGAUACAACGUUGGACCUCUCAGUUCAAAAGCCCACUUAGCUCAGUGGAAGGUCUUGUGCCAUUCAGCCUAGUCUGCAUUGCAGAGUUCCUGUGAGGAUAGAUUGGGAUAGAAUGGGGUACAGAGAUAAAUAUCUGAGCAAAAUGUAAAAAAUAGGUUUAGGCCUUUCUAGUAGUUGGGAUUCUGAUCAUAAGCAAUGCAUGAACUAUGUGUAAAAUGAUGGUGAAAUCUCUACUUACAUAUCCAGUUUUGUCCAGAACCCCCCAAGUACACGGACUCCAUCUCUGGCUUAGGUUAGCAGUAGGUGGCUAUUUCAUCCAUUCCAAGCCAGUGUUAGGAAUAUCUGUGCCAUGAGGGGCUGCCUUGUUGGGAACGUGGCCACUGUCCUUUGUAUGCAGUGAAGUUGCACCUUUUCGUCCUCAGGUGUUUUCUUUGGGGGCAAGGACUGAGAAGACAGACAUGGAUUGAUAUUCAAGGAGAUGAGACAGACUCUCCUUGCCUGUAACCUGCCUCUAUGUUGUUUUCAUCAUGUUUCUGCUUUUUUUUCUGUCCAGGAGGGCUUUUUAUGAAAAAGCAUUCACUCUGGCAGCACAAACUCCCCAGUGUGGUGUAGUGGUUAAGAGCGGUAGUCUCGUAAUCUGGGGAACCGGGUUCGCGUCUCCGCUCCUCCGCAUGCAGCGGCUGGGUGACCUUGGGCUAGUCACACUUCUCUGAAGUCUCUCAGCCCCACUCACCUCACAGAGUGUUUGUUGUGGGGGAGGAAGGGAAAGGAGAAUGUUAGCCGCUUUGAGACUCCUUAAAGGGAGUGAAAGGCGGGAUAUCAAAUCCAAACUCUUCUUCUUCUUCUUCUUCUUCUUCUUCUUCUUCAAGUCACAUGUAUUAUUUGUCUCUGGUUUUUAGUGCUAGUAUUGUAUGAGUUGUGAGCCAGGAAGGCCCUAUUUUGAAAUAUUAUCUCAGCCAUGGACUAUACUAGGCAGUCCAAACCAGCCAGUUUUGAGUUCAACCUCAAAUCUGCCUUAUGGGGAUAAUAAUCCUAACCUAUUUUACGGGGUUGUUGGAAGAAUUGCUGCAAUAUAUACACUGCAUACUCUGAACAAUUAAAAAGUGCUAUAUAAUGGUAAGGGUUGGAUAAUUUUGGUUAAUUGCAUUUAGGUUCCAUUGAAAUCUAUCAAACCUAAGUUCAGCUAACUUAAGCCCCAGUCCAACAAUUAUGAUACUAUUUUAUUUCUUUAAAGCUUAUAAUGAAACCUUUGAGACUUUCCCCAGUUUUAAAUAAAUACCAUAGAGGCUGGGUCUGACCUGGAUUUAAAUGCCUAUAUUGUACAAUGGAUUAAGUGUAGUUUUGGAAGUUAAGCAUUAACAAGCCUGGAAUACUGCGCAUAUGCAGUAGAAGCUGCAAAAUACCCAUUUAUCUGAAAUAAAUUGCCCCUGAAAGAGCUGAUUGUGUGUGUGUUUCUGACCAUUUCUGGAAUUACUCUGUGCAGUGCUAUAAAACUUUGUUUCCCAGUCUGCUAAAUUGUUCUGCAGACUGUCUGCUUCCAGUAAUAUAGAGUCUUUGCACGUAUUCAAAUGCAAGUGCCAUAGCUGGUUCCUCUCCUUAUUGACGUCAGGAUUGCUAGAACUGCUGCCACCUCCACAUGAGUAAUCAAGCAAACAUUUGUGAAUGUCAGAAUUGGAAAGGGUGCAGUUUUAAAAUAUUGCAACUAAAGCAGAGGAGGAAGCAAAUGCAUCUUUCAAAUAAUUUAAACUUGUUCAUUGUACUGUCAGUUUACCAUUAGAGAAAUAAUUUUGUAAAUCCAAAAAAAUAAAAGCACAGGAUGCUUGGGAGAUUCCUUGUAAACUUUCAAAUAUUAUCCAGCCAUUUUAAGAAAUUGAAAAGUGCCUUUAGUACUUCUCAUUGUGCAUGUAAGUUACAAGAGAGAGGGCUUUUUCCUGUGAUUCAUGCUCAGUUCUUUAUAUGCUUGUCUUACAUCCCAAGAGGGACGCGGGUGGCGCUGUGGGUUAAACCAUAGAGCCUAGGAUUUGCCGAUCAGAAGGUCGGCGGUUUGAAUCCCCGUGACGGGGUGAGCGCCCGUUGCUCGUCCCUGCUCCUGCCAACCUAGCAGUUCAAAAGCACAUCAAAGUGCAAGUAGAUAAAUAGGUACCGCUCCGGCGGGAAGGUAAACGGCGUUUCCGUGCGCUGCUUUGGUUCGCCAGAAUCAGCUUAGUAAUGCUGGCCACAUGACCCGGAAGCUGUAUGCCGGCUCCCUCGGCCAAUAAAGCAAGAUGAGCGUCACAACCCCAGAGUCGGUCACGACUGGACCUAAUGGUCAGGGGUCCCCUUUACCUUUACCUUACAUCCCAAAAUGAAUACACUGGGCACUUUUGGCACGAACUUUUUCAAAUAUUGUAAUUUAGCAUUACAAUAUCAUAUAGAGCAAACCAUUGGGCAUAGUUUUCUUCCUAUGCAGCUUCAAUAUAAGCAGCUGCUUGGUGCACUAAUAGCCCCCGUACAGUAUUUCCAUGAAUGAAAUGUUGUACUAAGAUGGGGAAGAUUCACUUUCAAGUUGACAUUAAAUGAUGGACUUGCUGACUCGCCUUUUGACAAGUUGCUAGUUCUUCUGUUCUUCAUUUGUAAAAUGGGUCUCAGAGCUUCUUUGUGUUCAAUACACAACGUAGUGUUUAAACAAGAAAAAAAUUAAAAAUGGUUUUUAUCAUUAACUUGCACAAAUAGACUGUCUAUUGCUGUAAAAGGACUACAAAAAUUAUUACCUCUCUGUCCCCAUCAAAGUUAUACAAUAUAGGACUGCAUUGUCAUUUCAACCAAAAAAGGCUCUUUCAGUUUUCACUGGGGUGAAGUACCAUGUGCCAGAACUUUAUGUGUUACAUUUCUGAAGCAAGAAGCAGAAGUAUGAAUUAUAUUUCACCUGCUAUUGGAAGCCCAACUGUCAUUGUAAUAUAUUGACAUCAGGCAGGUGCCUUCACUGUUCUCUUUUCAGUGCCUGCUAAAAACAUUUUUGUUUAGGCAGGUCUACCCUGACAUGUAGAAUAUUGAUGUGUGUUUUAAUCUGUUUUUGGCUUAUUGCUGAUUUUAUUUCAUUUAAUAUUUUAAAUAGUUGUUUUUUAACAGGUUUUCCUGAUAAUUUUAUUGUUUUAUUCUCUAGGUAAACUGCUCUAAAGUCUCUCUCUUUUUUACAAUUAAGCAAUGCAUAAAUUUGAUGAAAUAACUAGAGUGAUAUAAGCUGAUAUAACUUUUACUCUGUUGGAAAACAGCACAUCGUGUUUCAAAGGCUAAACCUUAAUUUCACCCUGGAGACCUUUUGCCAAAUCAUCAUCACUGGUAUGCAGGUGCUCACACUGCUAAUGUCUUCCUGUUAUUUUUCACCAAUGCAAUAGGUUUCUGUAGCGGGAUCAACAACUGGAAGAGGAUCUCCCUCUGUAACUGUAGUGCAAUUGCCUUCUGGUCAAACGGUCCACGUGCAGGGAGUGAUUCAAGCAACUCAGCCUUCAGUUAUUCAAUCACCACAGUUGCAAUCUGUUCAGGUUAGUUGCAUCUCUCUUAACGUUCCUGCAGGCUUUACUUAACCUUUACUUGGCAUCAUUGACUUCUAAUUUUUGCCCUAGCAAUGAAGAGAAGAGCUUCAUUGUAUUUCAUACCAAGGGUAGGCUGCCGGUUGACUCAUAUUCUGCCAUCAGGAGAAUAUAAAGACGAUACUUCUGUCUGCUUCUUUAAAGAGUGAUUACUUCACACCAGAGCACGUUGGCUUGUACCUUAUACAUACAUAAUGAUUGUCUCAUUGUUAUGCCCAUGUGCUGCUGUUUUUUCCCCUCUUUUUGUGUGUGGAUAAUCUAACAAUAUUGCAAGGUAUACAGUGGCCAGGAACUCUGCAUGUCACCAAUUGUGACAUAUAUGCUAGGAAAAAAUCAUGCAUAGAUGUGAUAUUUAGUGUACAGUAGUUCCUUCAGCACUAGUGUUACCUUUGCUUGGUGUAGUUUCUGGACCAAAUGUAAGGGCAGCCACAACAGAGCACAUUUCAAAAUUAUCCAAUUGUAAAGCACUCCCAGCAACCACAGUCACUUAAGCCUCCAGCGACAAUGAUGGAUUGAGUACUCCUAGAUAGAUUACAUACCUGUUCUUGCAUUUACCUUUUAAGCUCUCUGGCAUUAUGCUCUAUGUUUUUCUCUCUCUCCAGCUGCAUUCCUGCAAGCUGUUCUGCUCCUAGCCCCCUUUUGUUCCUUUCUCCCACUCUUCUUAUACUAUUAUAUGUAGAUUAUCCUCUCCUCUGCUGCCCGUCAAAGAUACGGUAUAUAUUUGCCAUUUACUGAAAAAAUGCAUUUCUACCUGCAGAGCUGUUUCUAGUUUGUCAUUAAUUCACCUCGAUGCUUCCUCCUUCCAUGAUCAAGAUUUUGCAUAUGCUGUUAGAGGCAUUGCUAGGUACUUAAAAUAACCAGGGUAUAGGCUCAUGAAAAAAAAAUUGCAUAUGCUAAUAUAUAAAUAGAUAGAAGCAAGUAUGGCAUCCAACACUCCUGCUAAUGGAAGAGACAUGCACUAGAGGAACAGAACUUUUCAUUCCUCUACUCAGCUGUCGCCCCCUUUCCCAGCCUCAAGAUAGGCACUGGAGAGCUGGGGGACACGCUGGAGAAAAUUUGGAGAUCACAGUGGGGGGAAGAGAGGAGACAGAUCUGGCACUGUGUUGGUAAAACACCUCUGGCACUGCUUUGGGUGCGACCCAAUAAUAAUAGGUGAUCGGGGAUAUGACCAGCACAGUGAUUUGAAGUAUGUCCAGCAACUCUGCAAGCAAGGUUUUAAAAAGUUGUGCUUUUUUUAAAAAAAAAAUAGGGGUGAUGUAGGCAGGGAAUCCAAGAUCCAGUGCAAAACACCUGAGGAUUCAGCCCUCUGGGUCACCCCUAUCAAUAGCCUUACCAUUAGAUGCUGGUGCUGCUGUCUUUAAUUUACAAAGCAUUGUUAAAUUUUCAAAGCAGUUUUAUGACAGUCCUGUGAGAUGGAUCACUGGUAGUAAAAUCUCCUCUGCAAAUCUGGAUUCCAUGCUGCAAGUUAACUCUUCUGAGUCGACUCCUAAGAUGGUUAAUUUUUUAAUGUUCAUAUUUUAGGUAGCAUCAGCUACAAGUGCAGAUGAAUCUACAGAGUCAGAGGUUGUCAUUGAUUCUCAGAAACGGAGGGAGAUACUUUCAAGGAGGCCUUCAUAUCGGUAAGCUAUAAUUUCGUGUUGUAACAAUUGGUGCCUUUCGGUUAAAAUGAGUCACUCCUUUCAUGGGCCAGCUGCUUUUAAAUGUAUAUGUUUUUUUACUUGUGUCAGAAAAAUUCUGAAUGAACUGUCUUCUGAUGCACCCGGUGUCACUAAGAUUGAAGAAGGAAAGCCAGAGGAAGAAGGAGCGCCCUCUGGCAUCCCUGCCAUGGCAGUGCCAACGAGCCUUUAUCAGACUAGCACCGGGCAGUACAGUAUGUAUCCCAUAACAUCAAACAAGAUAUUUAGCUUUCGUCCUUAAAACCCAAAUGUAAAUUGCAAACUUAGUAAGCUAGAUCUAUUGUGGAGAGUGGGGGGAAUAUUCAAGAAAAAGUCUCAAUUAAAACCCAAGUGAAAUUCAUGUUUACAUCAAUAAAGAUCUCUUAUAAUUUACAGUAAUGAUCUGAUAAGCAAAAAUUAAAUUUUGCUCACUUUGUUCCAUUCUGUUUCUUCAAAUCUUAUGCUCUUUAAUGUGUGUUGCUUCCAAUCAAUGUAUUUCAUUAUAUAACUGGAAGCUAGGGUACACAAGGAAGUUUGUACAAUUUUCUUCCAUAAAUACAGUCCUUAAGAUAAAAGAAAUGCAACUUGCAAUUUUUUUUAUGAGUUUAGAAUUAGACAUCAGUGCACUGGGAACUAAUCCUGCACUAAGCAUCCUUGACUUAAAGGAGGAAACACUCCAAAUCCUAAUAAUUGUACAAAAGUUGUUCCCACUAGUUUGUGCCCUUUGGGGAUUUUGUGUAGAAUCUAGUUUUUACUGUUCUGCUUUAGAGUGCAGAGGCCAACAACUUGGCAUUGACUGGAAAAUGCAGUAGAGAGUUGUACAUGGUGACAUAUAAAACUUCAAUAAGCAUAUCUUCCAUGUAAAGUAUGAGCAGAGUUGAAAUAUCUGUGAUGGAGAACUUAUUUAAAAGGUUGUUUUGUCAUGCUUGAGAAUGGAACAUUUAACUUUGCAUUGCGUUGUUCCUGUUCUGACACCUAAAAUCUAUAUCCUAUAAUCUAGCAUUUUGUUAUGAAAACUGUAACAGGUCAUGUAAGGAAAAGUUAACAGCUUAUUCGUAUUCUUUUCUCUUUUUAAAAUUCAAAUAUAAUUUAUGCAGCUGUUUUCUACUGUCUUCUGUUGUACAAGAUUUCACUGAUAAAAGUCGUCUCUGCACGGCAAAGCAUCCCUUGAGGCAAUACAAAGUUGACUUAGAUCAGGGUUGGGGAAUGUGUUACUAGAUUUUUAGUUCCCAUAAUUCCUGUCCAUUCACCAUGCUGGCUUGGGCAGAUAAGUGUUGAAGUCCAAAUAUAUCUGAAGGGCUACAAGCGCCCCUUUCCUGAGUUAGACUAUAUCCAAAUUACAAAAGUGGUGGUACACACUGGAUCAGUGUUUCCUAAACCUCUGAUAGCUGAGUCACCCUUAUUUUCUUCUAAAUCAACACAGGAGGCGUACUACACUCUUAAUACUAUGUGUGUGUGUGUGUGUGUGUGUGUGUAUAUAUAUAUAUAUGAGAGAAAAUAGCAUAACAAGGAUUAGAGAAUUGCAGAGGUGAAAUGGUGAAAUGGGAGGCCUUUUCUGAGGACAGGUAAUUCUGUUCUUUGCCUGUAUCAGGUGAAAUCACUUGCUCCUGAUGCAAAGACUCAGCAGUGUUGCCUGCAUUUGUAGAAGAAGACUGACUGGAAAGCACUGGUUGCAGAGCCUCAAAAGAGCUCUUCAUUAUUAAUUUCUUAUGGCACACUACUAGUUCUUUUAAGGUGCACUAACGUGUCCCAACACACAGUUUAGGAAUGGCUGGAUUAGAGCUGUUCCAAAGACCCUUGUUUCCAUUGGUUAAUACCAUUAUUGCUUUUGUUAAGUUGCUAUAGCCCAAGGUGGAGCAAUCCAGAUCUCUAACCAGGCAUCUGACGGCGUUCAGGGGUUGCAGACAUUAACAAUGACAAAUUCAGGAGCUCCUCAGCCCGGUGCUACAAUUGUACAAUAUGCAGCCCAAACAGCUGAUGGCACACAACAGUUCUUUGUACCUGGGAGUCAAGUUGUUGUCCAAGGUAUGCUUUCAUUUUAUAUUUGCUUUUAAAUGGCAUUUGUAUGUCUCUAUUUGUUUUGAACUCUUAAUAGAUUUUUCAACAGAAAAGUGGGCUAUAAGUAGCCAGCAAAUAACAAACAAAAACAUGGAAAAGACCCUCUUCCCUUAACAGAAUACAACUACAAAAUGACAGAGUUAAGGUAAAAUAUUUAAUGAUGAACUUACAAACAUGAAAAUAAAGUUUAAUGAAGCAGUGUACUUACAUAGCAUGGAUUCUUGGAUAAAUGGAUGAUACAGUAACUUAGUCUGAAAUGUUGAGGUGGGUGCAAUGUAUUUCUGUAUAUAAUUUGAUCAAUGUUGGCCUUUUCACUGUGUGAGUGGCUCCUGCAGGACAGGAGGUCCUGCAUUGGAAAGUCUUAUUUUUGUUCCUUUUUGAUGUAUACCUUUACUAGGACACAAGGGUUGUUUCUGUGGUCUUUUGGAUGCUAUGCCAGGGAGUAACUUGUUCCCUUUAUAAUCCUCUUCUUGCUUUGAAAAAGUCUCUUGCACUUUACUUUCUGCCUUUCCUCUAAUAGACAUGAAAGAAGGGUUUGUUUUAAUGUAGAUGGUAGAACAGUUGGUAACUUCAACUCAAGUACCACAUUUAAAAGUCAAGAGUCUGCGAAAUUCAAGCUCUCUUUAGAGGUUGGCAAAUUUGCAUAUAACUUAAUGCACUCUGAAGUAGUAGGUUCUUAUGCCUCCUUGCCUUGGAUGUAAUGUCCAGAGAUGAAGCACAUAAUACACAGAAGUCUGAUAAUCUGUGAUCUUUACCAGGCAAAAUGAGAGAGAUUUGCAAAUUGUUGUUGUUUCGAUUUUGUUACAAGCAAGUAGUAUAUAAAUUUUGUUAAUAAAUAAAAUAGCCACAUACUCUUCAGCUACACAUUGUGCCCAGCUUAUGGUGACAAGGGCACAUUCUGUCAUGCUAUACUACUGUGUGUUGCUUAUGUACAAUGGAUGAUGUGUGAGUAGGAAUUAGAUUAAAUGUUUCUUAGUCUUAGACAUAACAAUAAACUGCAAGAUGAUCCUAAGAUGCUAGUGUGAAGCCACAAAGAAGCAGGGUCAAGAGUAUUCUAUUAUUAUUAAGUAAUUAAAUUUCUAUACCGCCUUUCAUCUGAGGAUCACAGGGUGGUUUACAAUAUAAACAUGGAAAAAAUACAUAACACAAAAACAAACAAAAACAACCCCCCUCCAGCUUAAAAAGCCAUAGAUUGUUUAAUUAGCCAAAGGCCUGGGAUAAGAGGAAUGUUCUUGUCUGGUGCUUAAAGAUAUAUAAUGAAGGUGCCAGGUAAAAGUUGUGUUCAAAAGUGGUAAUCUCAUUUAAUUCUAAUCUCAUUUAGUUACCAGUUUCCCCAAAGGAAAUGGCUCGGACUACAGCUGCCUCAGUUGACAGGUCACAAUAAACCAGUGUUGCUGGGUUAUUAUGGUUUGCUAGGAAAGGGAAGUGUGCUGUUGAACACUGUCAAAUUACACCCACUUCUCUCCUUCCCUGAUGCAAGCAGGAUAAACAAACCAGGAAGCCAACAAUUAUGACUGACUUCCUGUAACAUCCAAACCCAGGAUUGUGGCUUGCUCCCCAACUAGCCAGUACUCCUAAACCAACAGUUUUAGUCUGGUUAGCAAUACUGGCUUGGUAGGUAGGAAGAAACAAUGAUCUGAGGUCUAGACCUCAUGGAAAGCUGAGCUUAAUUAUGACGUUCUGGUUUGUUUAUCCCACCGGGGAGGAGGAGUGAAGUAGGAGCCAUCAGACAAUAAAUCCUGUUUGCAAUAAACCAUGAUAAGCAGCCACUUUGUGAACACUACCUGGAAAGCUGCUACAAUAAUGAAAAGAGAUUGCUAACUUCUCUUGUGCACAGAGUAAACCAGGCCUGUUGAGCAAAAUAGGAAGGAGGUUGAGAGAGAGGAUAUGAGGGUGAAAUAUAGUUGGAGUCGAGAGUGGAUUCCAUGCUCUUUAUUCAGCUCAUAGUAGUGAGGAGGAAUGGAAGUUCCCCCAAAAUAUCUGCUUUAUAUACAUUAUUUACACAAUGGGCUGCACAUGAUUGGCUAAUUCCGGGAUUUUCCAUAGGCCAAUCAGGUUGUGGAUUCACUUCCACCUGGAGCUGGAUUGGGUGGCUCCUGCGGACCAAUCAUACUGCUGCAUUGUUCUAGGACCAAUCAGACUGCUGCAUUUUGGAUCCUAUUGUUCUAGGACCAAUCAGACUGCUGCAUUUUGGAUCCUAUUCAACUCAGUACAUAACAGAGGGUUUCUGAAAAUACACCUGGGUGGACAUUUACACAACAAAGCAAAGGCACCUCUUACAUUAACUUCAGCACUGGAGUACUUUCCUUUUGCACUCUUGUGUUGCCUCUUCAGUGACGUGGAAACUAAGCCAGGGGUGGACAGACUUCAGGCUCAAUGGAACUAAUUUGAUUUUGACUAUAACCUCCAGAUCUACCAACCAGAGCCAGAUCAGAAUGAUGGCACAGGGGGACUUCCGCACACUUAGAAUUGCUGCUCAGCCAAGGCAUUUGUUCUCACUGAUGUUGCAGCGCUUUCUCACACAAAUCCAUUCCUGCUUUCCCCACAAGCUUUCUUCAUUUCAGCAAGCUAAUUGUGUGUGUGAGAGCCUUCUAGUUGUUGCUAGUGCUAAACCUCUGGGAGUCUAAAGCUCCUGCUGAUCCACUGAAAACCCAGUGAUUUACCUGUAGAUCCCAAUCUAUCUUCUGCCUACCCUGUACUAAAGCACUUCUGUUCCUUUGCUGCUGCUUCUGUUCCAUGCUGAGGACCGAAAUAUGCAUGAUACUUUUUAUAGCAACAACCAUAUACAUUUGGUGACUCCUGUGAUUGCACUCCAUUGUCAUCACACCAGAGGCUGAAUGGAACUCUGGUUCCUAAAACUGCAUAUGAGAGCCUCUUACUCCAAGUAGUUUAUAUACAAGUGGUUAUUGCCCCGUAACAUUCUUCAAUGGAGUCCCUAUAAUAGUUGUUUGCCUUGAUGCUGGAAAGAGUCUAUGUACAGAAAUGGGAGAGGCUCACAACAUGGCUGUUGGAGACAAGAAGAAAUUCCUAUCAGCCACAAAAUCUGCAGGAAAAUAUUUAUGAGAGGUUAGUGUGAACUGAUGGGUUUGGAGAAAAUCCACAUCAUCUUUUUUGUCUCUUAGUAGUUACCAAGAGCUGUGCAAUUUUUAUCAUGUGCAAGUUUGCCGAGGGCAACAUGCCUUGAAAGGCAGGGUGGCAAUGCAUGAAAAGUAGAUAAAUAGCAAUGGAAAAGUUAUUCGGGUGGGUUUAUAUUCAUGCUUGCUCAGAAGUGAGGAUAAAGGUAAGAACAUACUGCCCCGAGGGUCAGAGGUACUGUGCCUCUGAAUGUCUGUUGCAGGGAAACAGCAGUCCACAGAGGAUAUUGCCUUUAUGUCUUGAUUGUGGGAUAUCUGGUUAGUCAAUGUGAGGAACAGGAUGCUGAACUUGACAAUCUUUGCUCUGUUACCUGGUUUUGCAGAGCUGAAAGAAGGCACACUCUAGCCUCUGUCACUAGCUAGGUGACUUAGGACCAACUGGGAGGCUGCUUCCCCUGCCUCCCAGGUAGAAAAUUAGGACAAAAAGGAGACCAACCUGACUCUUUCCACUAGCUAGUGAAGAAGCUUCCUUUCCUCUUCCCUCCCCUUUCCUUUCCCCUUUUGUAUCACGUCUAUUAGACUCUGAGCAGGGGCUGUUUCAUCUUUUAAUAUAUGUAUAGUGCUUGGAGAAAUGUAGGUGUUUUAGUAAAUGUUAAGUUGUCAUCAUCAUGAAGCAGGAGGGCUCCUCUUACCGUGUCUUGACUGUCUAGUAUGCCACAAAAGUCAACAUGGUACGAAACAGUUCUAUUCUGGCUUGCCAACUUUUAAUUCAUACAGAUACUGAAUUGCAUUAUUGUUUAAAGUACAGUUUUCAGAACCUUUAUUUUGAAAAGCGUUGGCACCGAAAUAACAUCUGCCCUUGCUGCAGAUGUGUCUGUGGAGCCUGAUUUAUAGCCGGCUCCCUGGAUCUGUGCCUGCCUUUGUAUUGCGGGGAGAGCGAAGCUAGGCUAUAUAAAAAGUCUGAAGUGAUUGUUUGUUAGCAAAGGUUUUCCCUGGGCUCCUGUUUCAACGAGCUGUUCCAGUGAGAAAGCACAUUAAUGACGGGGUAGGCUAGUGAGGUCAUUAUGAUGUCAGUGCUGGAGCUUGUAAUCCUGCACAUGCUUGCUUGUUUGGAACAUUUCAUGUUCUGCUGGUGGCAGAGGAGAAGCCUUUGAGCAGACGCUGGCCAUGGCUGUAACCAGAGACGAAACCGGUAGGCAAUUCUGUAAGCUUCUUUUUCGAAAGGGGAAAUUGGGGCUGUAGACCUGCUCACAGCUGGGCUGCUGAAAUCCCAUGGAAUCUGUGCGAUUUAGGCAGCCAAACUGCAAGCGGGGGGAAUUGUUUGCUAGAACACCCAGCGACAGUGUUGCUGGACUAGAGCACUUAGUUACCAAGCACAUUUUUUUUUAUAGACUCCUGGAAGCUGUCAUUAACAUUUCUUUAGCUGAUGCAGCAUUUUAGUUAGUUAGACCGAUGGGUGCUCUUUCAGUUCUUGUGCUGUUUUUCCUUGCUAACGUGAGCUUUGAAGCAAUCCUUUUAUUUAAGCAGUGAGAACAAGGAACUUGUCUCCCUUGGUGCUUUUUUAGAAUGAUUAAACAGCUUGGAAGUAUAUGAAAGCUUGCUUCUUCAGCUUCCGGCAGCCAGUGUGUAGUUGUGUGGACUGUGCUCACUUCAGCCAUGUAAUCGGUCUUCCAUCUCUGACAGGUAAUAAAGAGCAGAAAUGAAAUCUGAGUGACCCGCGUGGGUGCUCCAGCAGUGCUUUGGGCUUUAUGAUUUAGUUAUUUUGCGCCUCCUCCACUCGAAAAACUGCCUGUUCCACAGCAGAGUUCAGCAGGCUGACGUCAGAUAGAUUUCCUGGAAUCGCGUUUCAGCGGGGCUGGAAAAGUUAAACUCCACAAACAACAAACACAUUGACGUCAGCUGCGAGUCAUGCUGUGAUUUAGUCAGUUCCUUUCUGCUUCAACCAGUGCUGCCGCCGCCGCUGGCAUGUUUGUUACAGCGUUAAUUCAGUAGCCUGCAUGCUGUCUCUGGAGCUAAGUAAGCCUGGCUUGUGUGUCUUUUGUUUGUUUGCUGAUCCAACUGGAUAUUUUCUUUAAAUAAUAGAAUUAAAAGACCUCAGGCUCACAUGAGCCAAAGGACCAGGAACAGUGCAGCAGACUUGCACGAAGUUUAUAAUCCUUGUGGUAAAGGUUGCUAGCCGUGUGUGGAGGGGAGUGUGGGUGAAACUCAUAUUUCUGUUAUAUGUAGCAUGCCUGGUUCUGCUUGCCAGUACUGAGUGGCUGGUUUUUAAAAAAAAAUAAUAUUUGUGGUGGGAGUCAGGAGCGGACUGAUGAUUCCUUGCACUUACAGUUUUUGUACCACAGGAUAUUUGGUUAUUUUAUGAAUUAUUGUUUAGUUACAGAAUGAAACCUGGAUUCACCCCCCUCCCCAGUUCAAUUUAUAUAGCAAAAAAACAGUAACAGAUAUAAACAUUGCAGAUAGCCAUAUUGAUACCUGGGAGGGUGGGGUGGGCAAAAAUCCAGAAGACACAGUUGAGUAAAAAAAUAUAUAUUAGGGCCAAGUAAAAUGUCUCAGAGUAAUGGAGAAGCUUUGGAGUUCUCAAUAUUUUUUCUGGAUGUUAAAAUUACAAAAAGGGGUAUGUAUGGGGGAGCAUGGGGGGGGGGACAAGUUUGGAAUAAUGGACAAGACCAGAGUUCUCCAGUUUGUUUCAGUCUUGAGGUGGAGUUCUGUAAGCAAAGCUUGAUUAAAUGACACCAUGCAAUGUCCAAAUAGGUUCCAGGUUGCGGUAAGGGUAAAGGGGAACAAUGACACAAUGGCUGUUGUGCUUUUCUCAAAUUGAAACUUGGCAAAAGUUGAACAGUGUAUACAUUUUUGGAAAUUUAUUUAUUUACUUCAUAAAAUUUAUACACUGUUUGAUUGGGAAAAAAACAACAACACCCUCAAAGCAGCUCACAUAAUAUCAGAAUAGCAUCUGUUUACUUCUGCAUUUUUGCAUGCUGUUUUAAAGCCACUUUUCUCACACGGGAAUUUAAAAUGUUAAUAGUCAGCAGUGUCAAAACUUCAUAAUAUGGUGGGGGGUGGGAGCAGAGGAAGAAUGAUAUCACUGACUGGAACAUUAAUCCCUACCUGUGUAAAGCUACCAGACUGCAGCCUGAUAAAUUUAAUAAAUAAUAAUAAUUACAGCAGCGGCCAUUCAUAUACUUAUUGCUGAUAUUUGUAAAUACUUUACAAACUGCAACAAAAACAGACACCCCCCCCCCGAAAUGGAAGUAGGAGCAAAAAAAACAAUAGGGUGAAUGAGAUUCCUGCUCCCCAAAAUGCUUUUCUUAUGACCAUAGGAAGAGACAGCACCAUAGCUGUCAACGUUUCCCUUUUUUUAAGGGAAAUUCCCUUAUUCCGAAUAGGAUUCCUCACAAGAAAAGGGAAAAGUUGACAGCUAUGGACAGCACAUCUAAAUGUUCAGUCUUUAUGUCCCUGAAAUUCCCUGAAGAAGGACUAGCAGGGUAAGACAUUCAUUAGAAUAUUAUCUCUUUUAUCUGUCCUACUGCUUUUUCCUCCUACUUCCCCAUACUUUACAAAGAACAAUAUUGGACAUUGCUUGGUAGUGGUCACCAUGACAACAGAUUCAAUAUAUAAUAAUUGCAGAAUUUAUCUGGCUGCAUUGACAUUUGUUCUGUUAAAGGACAGAAGGAAGAAAAUGUACUUUUUGAUAUUUACUUGCAUUUAGCUAUUAACUAUGUUUAGCAAAAGUGAGGUAGAGCCCAAGCAAAAUCUGCCACUUUGGCAGCCCAUCCCACUUUCUGUGAUCAUUGGCUUCGAGAGAUCAAGAGAGCAUCCAUCUGUCUGGACAGACCUAGGCUGACCUGAGGUUCUUGCUUCCUACAUGUGAGGUCUUGAAGGCCCUGUUAAAAUUCUGUUUAAAAAUCCCUGUGUUUUCUGGAGUUACUGAUUGCUGGUACCUCUCAAAAUAGGCCUGCAAAAUAUGUGACCCUGGCUGAAAAUGGCCUCCAACAGCUAUAUAUAGUGGCCUGCCAGGGCUUGAGGAACUUAGUUGCCCACUGAUUAGGUAACUUAUUUGGUAGAGCAUGAGACUCUUAAUCUUAGGAUGGUGGGUUCAAGACCCAUGUUGAACAAAAGAUUUCUUCAGUUGCAGGGGGUUGUACUAGAUAACCCUUGCGGUCCCUUCCAACUCUACAAUUCUAUGGUUUCUCUUUUGAUUGUUUUUAUUUAUUUAUAUUUAUGGAAAUAUUUAUAAAAAAAUACCAGAGUGGUUUACAGCAAUUUUUGCUAUUGCUUAUAAAUUAAGUCACAUCUAUAGUGUGAUAAGCCCUAUGUAGAGUAUAGUAUAAAGUCCCAACACUUUGUCACAGAGAUGGAGAAAUGUCUCCUAGCUGCUAAGGAGAGAGCUUUUUCAAUACAGUCAUACCUCGGGUUGAAUAUGCUUCAUGUUGAGCACGUUUGAGUUGUGCUCCACAACAACCCAGAAGUAACGGAGUGCGUUACUUCCGGGUUUCGCCACUCGUGCAUGCGCAGACGCUCAAAAUGACGUCACGCGCAUGCACAGAAGCGUUGAAAAGCCGCGUGCGCGUGCGCAGACGUGCUGUCGCUAGUUACGUUUGCUUCUGGAUGCGAACGGGGCUCCAGAACGGAUCCCAUUCGUAUCCAGAGGUACCACUGUAGUGGCUUCCCAGCUGUACGAUGCCUUCUUCAGAAAAGCUCACUUCACAUCUACAUUGUGGUAUUGUCCAUCCCACCUUUUUAUUUUCCUGGGCAUCUUAGUUUUUGAUUGUCUUUGUUUUAUAAGAAAACAUGUUUGUAGUGCUUUUUAGACCUUUGAACAUUUCUGUGUUGCUGGUUUUCUCUGCAGUAAACAAUGCACUUUUUGUUCUGUUUGCACUUGAAUAGACGGAGAACGUUCUUGUCUGCAUCUUAUCUGUAUGAGCAUUUUUAGGCUGUCCAUCAUCCACAGAUCUCAGGGUAUAACUUUAAAAUAACACCACCACCACAUCCAUAUUAAGUAAAUAAAGAUCAGGUAAAAAUACCAAGUUUAAACUACCAAAAUGAACUUCAGCAGCAGACUAAUAUCCCCAAACUGCUUGGGCAAAAAAGCAGAUCUUAGCCAGGUGCUGAAAUGUCAAAACUUUUGUGCCUGGGGAAAGGCAUUCCGUAACUGGGGCGCCAACAACUGAGAAGGCCCUAUCUGUGACACUGCAGUGGUGGGACAAUGGGAGAACCUCCUCUCCACCCCCCCACCCCAAAUCUAAUGCACUGGUCACAGAAUGUGAAUUAAGUUCUUCCUGGUAUUCGAAACCAACAUGCUAACCAACGUUUUAGAUCAUGGAACUGUGUGACAUUUCUUUUGUGUCAUUUUCUUCUUUUGUCACAGCUGCUACAGGUGACAUGCCAACUUACCAGAUCCGAACUCCAACCACAGCCUUACCUCAAGGGGUAGUCAUGGCAGCAUCCCCAGGAACGUUGCAUAGCCCACAGCAGCUCGCAGAAGAAGCAACGCGUAAAAGAGAGCUAAGGCUCAUGAAAAAUAGGUAUUGCUAUUUCAAGAAAAAGCAAUGAGUUGAAUUUACUUUCAAGAGCUGAUGACAGGAAAGAUGGGGGUGGUAAAUCAGUAUAGUUGCUAAGGAACAUUUUCCCAAAGAUAAAAUUGGCCAGUGGGUUUUUCCACGUAAUUUACUGGGGAGAAGAGGGCAAUGCCUUCUCUCUUUAUUGCUGAUGACCUUUGCCGUUGAAUACUAUACAGUUGCAUUACUGAAUCUCUGUGGCUUUUAAAGCAGGGUUCCUCAGUCUGGUGCCCCCCCAGAUGUUUGGCCUACAACUCCCAUCAGCUCUAGCAAGCAUGGCCACGCUGUCUGGGGAUCGUGAGAGUUGUAGUCCAACAAAUUUGGAGGACCCCAGGUUGAAAAAAGCUGCUUUAGAACAACUGUUCUCCAAAGGCCGAACAGCCAAACUUCCACCACUUCAUGUGGUAGCGGAUUUGAAACAGGCUGUGGCUGUUUGGGACAAGAGUCAGCCUAGUCUGUGCAGGUUUCUAAGUCCACCAACCUGGCGACUAUCCAAAUAGAAAAAAAACACAAUUCCUUCACUUGCUAUGGGGAUAUAAAUGGCAACAAACCUCCUGAAAUUCCUUAUGAGAUCAUGGAAAGCUUAGAUUACCUUUGCUUUAUAGUUCCUGAGGGGAGAUAGGAGGUUAAAGUAAAGGUAGGUUAUUGAAUUUAUGUAUUGCUCCCCGCUGAAGAAGUCCUGAAGCGAUUUACAACCAAGUAAAAUAUAAAAUAACAGAAUUGUAUGAACACAGGGAGAGCAUUCCAUAAACAAGGGGCUACGACAGAGAAGGCCCAUUCUGUCUUUGUCACCCUCUGGACCUCCCUCACACACUGGUGGCUUUUGGCAAUGCAUAUUAUUGAGUGUUUUGUAGAGUUCUCCCCCUUAAGAUCUAUAGCUUAUGAAAUGCUAUAUUCAGUAUUUUCAUAUAUUAUACAACUAUAUAUGGUGUAGAUGUGGUGAGAGGUUAUAUUUAUGCAUUUCUCUUAUUGCCAGUGUUUCUGAUUUUGAGGCAGGCAAUUUCAGUGUAGCAUCUGCUUCUAUAAAGGAAGGGUGGAAGUGUUUUGCUUAAUUUGAGGGGUAUUCUGUUAACUUCCCAUCAGCUGAUUUCGUGUCUGUUACAGCAAAAAAAAAAAAUUGCUGUGGGAUGUCUCCCCUCCCCCCUUUUGUGGUGGUGGUCAGCUUAAUUGUGCUAUUUGUGUGUCUUGUUUUUGGUGUCAGUGCAUGACCUCUGCUAUUAAUGUCUGCUGUUGGCAUGCGCUUUGUAGGAAAAGUUGUCUCAAUUGCAACUAACCCUGCCAUUGCUCACUGCAUCCAUGGUAUUGCUUUUUCUCAUGCCCUUUGUCUUAAGUUGCUCAUCCAUAAAAAUUCAUGCCUUAGAUUCCAGAUGUUUGCGCUCUCUUUUUCUCUUUCAUUCUCUUACCAGGUUUAGCCUUGUGUCUGCCAUCAGUAACACAUGUGUUACACCAAUUAACACAACACACACCAAUUUUUCUUAAGGUGUACUUUCUUUCUUUCUGUAUAAAUAAAUAGCUAGUAGGAUCCCAGCUUGAGUGUGCAGAUGUUUCUAGGGGGAAAUCUUGCCCACCCCCACGUGCAAGCAGAAGUGCCUUUUGUUCGUGAACCCUACAAAGAAAAGGGUGGAUCCCACCCUAUAAAAUCUCCCUAGCUUUUAGGUGAAUUAACACAAGUUGAUAGCUGAUGGCAUGGCUGAAAGCUUCUCACUGUUGCUUGUUUGGGCUUAUUUACAAUAUUUAUAUACUGCUUUUCAACAACAACAAAAAUGUUCUCAGAGCUGUUCACAUAGGUGACUUUCAAACAUGCUUCAGUUAAGCUGUUUUGAGUCUCAGAGGAGGAGAGAAGACGCUUCAGAUUGUUAACCGAGUGCCCAAAAUAGUAUGAAAAAAUGUGCCCAUAACAGCAAAUCCAAGAUGGAAGGUUCCCAUAUUUACCUAAAGAAGAGCUGGAUCUUAUUGUAUACACCUUCGAUGGAAGGGAUGGACUUUCCCUUCCUUUGUAAAGAGCACAACACGUUUGUUUAAAUGCUGUUCCUGUCAUUUGGCCAUAGCUGGUAUAGUAAAGUGGCUUAUAAUUUGAACUGUAGCUAGUAAACCUCCAGCUGGUCUGCUCAGCCAUGAACUUACUAGGGAGUCAGGCAAGUCAUGCUCUGAGUUGCAGGUAGGGCUAAGAUGCAGCACAUCACACAGUGCUUUGGACGCUCUUAAGAGAUAAGCUAUAAUAGUUAUUUUAAAACUUAAGAUCCGAAGUGCAAACCCAUUCGGGUUCCUUUUAAUGCCUUUAUAACUGAUUUGACCUUUUGCCCAAAACAGGAUUUUGAGGGGCAAAAUUUCAGUCUGGUAUCUAGACUUCAGUCUGAAGAGAAAGCAUGACAUUGAUCUUUGCAGACAGUUUAGUUGAUAACAUUUUGGCAGACGUAGGCUUCAGCCCCCUGUUUAUGCAUGCGAAUAUGGCAAAUUAUGGAAACAGAUGAGGUGGGAUGUUUGUCAGUCCUGUGCUUUUUGUUCUAAUGCGAGUUUUGAUGUAGCAAGCGGUGCUUUGUUAACAUCUGAAUAGAACGCUGUCCAUCCAUCUGUGUUGCAAUUUUCUCACUCUGAAUAUGCUACGUUGACGCUGUUCCUGUGUUUAUCAUCAAGCUUUUCCCGCUGCUCUGCAUUGUCUGUAGAAUUGGUGGUGUGAUUGUUGUACAGUUUACCAAUUUGGCACUUGCUGAUUUCAGCUUUUCUGGUGCUGGAGGUUCUUUUUUUUUAAUCCUGGUUGUCAUUGUGCUGUGCCUUUUCCUAUAGUCAUUUGCCUUGUGUUGGUUCCAGGGAAGCUGCUCGUGAGUGUCGCAGGAAGAAGAAGGAGUAUGUCAAAUGUCUUGAAAAUCGCGUGGCUGUGCUUGAGAACCAAAACAAGACUCUCAUUGAGGAACUCAAGGCCCUCAAAGAUCUUUAUUGCCAUAAAGCAGAGUAACUGGCAAUGGGCAAUGGACCUUUUUUUUUUUUUUUUUUGCUAAAAAUGCUAAUCAAGGCAUGAGAUGAAGCAAUUCUACAGAUUGCCAUGUGGCCCUUGAGGAAGGGACAGUGUGUUGCCCUUGCAAUCCCAGUUGUCCUUAGGUGUUUUUGAAAAGUUGUUCUAAAUUUUGGAAAGCAUAAUGGUGUCCAUCUUAUAUUGACCAUCAUCACUGCGUUCCCCUGUCCCCUCCCUGCUCCCGCCACUCCAGUAGCAUGCCAAAAAGUGUUUUUGUUUGCCCUUUUUACUUCUGCUUUUUUCAGGGAGGCUGCAAAAGAAUGUCGACGGCGGAAGAAAGAAUAUGUGAAAUGUCUGGAGAGUCGUGUUGCGAUGUUAGAAGUUCAAAACAAGAAACUUAUAGAAGAGCUAGAAACCUUAAAAGACAUUUGCUCUUCCAAGACAGACUAGUAUCAAUACUGAAACUGUGAACUGGCUACAGCAUGUACAGAUGCUUCUGCAGGCAAUGUCUAGUCAACAAGAAUUAUGACUUUUCCUUUGUAUCAUUUGUCUUCUACUCCAGCCUCUAACAUUCCUGAAACGCUGCAUUUUUGUAGAUUCUUAAUUGAAACUUCAGGUGUCUUUCUGAUCCAGAAAGAGUCAAAUGGUUAAGGCAGUGUCUGUUCCAUCUUUUCAAAGUGCAACAUGUGUAAGAGCUGUUCCUCUGCCCAAUCUUUGCAUUAAUUACUUUAAAUGUAUAAUUUUGGUUGUUCCCACUUGCACCAGUAUUUUAAAGUGAUCAAAGAUAAUGCAUCCAACACAAUAAAAUGAAAACCACCCUAAGUAUCUCAGGAAAGAGUUAUAUAUAUAAAUAUAUAUAUAAAGGUAUGUUGUAAUGACAUACAUGUAUUAGAAUACUAGUUUACAAAUGAAUUUAUGGCAUAUUUUUAUAUUCAUCACUUUGUGAAGAAAGUAUUGUAUUGCUGUCACUGAGUGCCAUGGUUGAAACUAGUUUUUAAAUAGAACCAUGUUGGUUAAACUUUGUAGUGUUUGGUGUUUAUUUGAACAUCUGGCCCAGCUAAGAAAUUUUAAAAUUUAUGCUGCAUGUUAUGAAGUAAUUUUAGCAGACAUAUAUUUACGGUGUGUCUUAUAUUUCAUAAGCUACCACCAGAAUUGUAAUGCAGGGAUUUAAAAUCUGCUCAUGCUCGGACCCACUGUUUGCACAAAGGCUACUUGUAAAUAAUACUGGCGCUGGUAUUUUUAAAGGUCUGUGUCAUACCAAUGAUUCCCUUGUCAUCAUCUUCCAGGCUAAGCAAUCUUGUUUAAAGGGUAUUUCACACAACGUGCACAACCAUGGUUAGUCAGCUCUACUCAGUGGCUGUUGCCUGUCAAAAUCUUAUUAAAUACCCCAAGUGGGAGGUGAUUUUUACUGUUUGAAAUGUGCUGUGGAUGUAAACCACAUUUGCUGAAGGUGAUUUAUUUCUUGUCCAUCUAAUCAAUAGAAGUGCAAAGUGUUUCUCUCCACUGCCAUCCUCCGUGCUAUAUUCAUUUGGCUAUAUUGCUUUGCAGUUGUGUGACGCCAGUCUCUCUUGUGUUUCCUCCUGGCCUACAUUCCCACGCCUGCUUAGUUGAAGCAGUGUUUCCUGCUGAUCUGGAGCUAUGAAAAGAGAAAGCACAUAGGGGCAUCCAGCAACUCUUCAGGAACUGUGUACACGCCACACAUUUAAAGCACAUUUCCUCCCCACCCCCCAAAACAGAAUCUUGAGAACUGUGACUUGUUGAGGGUGCUGGGGGUUGUAAUUCUAUGAGGGGUAAACUACAGUUUAUCAAGAUAUGCUUUAAACAUGAGAUGUGUAUGCAGCCACAAUUGCUGUCACAAACAGGAGCUAGGGGGGGAUUUCCUUUUGCGUGAACAUAGCCGUGCUUCCUUUCCCUCUGAUAGCAUCCUUGGGCCUUUUUUAAUGCCUGCAGUUGAACCGGAUAGAGUAAAAUCACAAAAGACUUUGCAAACAAAUAUUUUGAAAACAAAUACUAGAACAGAUUCAUUCCAAGCACCUUCUUAGAUGAUGAACUGUGGAUAUGUGCUGUAAUUAAAAUGAAUUGCAGUUUAUUCUUCUGUUUUUAAAAAAUGAAAUAAAAGCAGUAAACAACGAGUACCAAUUCUACCGAUUUGAUGAUGGAUCUGCUAGAAGAAAUUCCUCUAGUUGGCUGCCAUUUGCUUUUCAGAAGAUAGUGGAAAAAAGAUAUCUGGAGCAAUUCUCAAGACUUCAGCUCAUCGCAUUUGGCAAAAAAAGACAAGUGUUUCAGUUCUUUUAAAGCAUAUGUGAAGUGCAAUAAAUAUGUCAUGGUGAGGUAGGUACUUGUUGCUUCCACUUUACAAAUGGUAAACUUGAAGCUGAGAAAUUGCAGUGUGUCCAGGCCUAGUCAAUGAAAACGUGCAAGGAGACCCUGGAACUCCUGUCUUUUGCAAACAGGUUAUUCAGACAGCUACUACAGGCUGCUCCAAAGCAGAAGGACUUGAUAAAUGUUUUAUGUGCCAUAGAAUCCCAGAACUGUAGAACUGGAAGGGACCCUGAGGAUCAUCUAGUCCAAUCCCCUGCAAUGUAGGAAUACGCAAAUUCCCCAUAUGGGAUUGAACCUGCAACCUUGGCAUUAUCAGCACCAUGCUCUAACCAACGGAGCUAUCCGUGGAGUUAACUGGGCAGCAGCAAAUCGUUAGUACAUGUAGUUCUAGAGGUUUAUUGGAAGGAAUGCCUUAUCAUUUCAAGUUCACAGCUCUAGCCAGACAAAACAACAGGCAAGGGAUGUGGCAGUUAACCUUCAAUAAAAUAAAGCACACAGUGUUAGAGAAGAACAAAAUACUUGCUUAGAAAUAGGGUACUAAAGGUCUAAUGAGUACGUAAUUCUUGCAAAAGCUUAUAGAAUUGGCCAGUAGCUUUUGUUAUAGACUCAGUGAGAUUGAUAAAGAUAUUCAUAGUAAAUAAUAAAGGAUUUUGUCUGUUUCCACACUAUUUUUACCUACAGUUUUACUAACAGGUGCUCCUAGAGGUCAGACGUCUUACAUUUUAGUAAAAGCACACGCAAUGAGGAUUCCAAUUGUUCUCCAUUUUUAUAGAAAUGUUUGUCCCCAUGUGUGCUCUGUUCUUUAACCUCCUCCAGCGUCCCGCUGAUCUUGUGAGGUAAGUCAUAACUCCUUUUUUUCCUGGUUUUGUUUUACCAAGAAGUAUCACCAGCUGCGAGUUGGUAACUUAUCCAAAGCCAUCUGAUUUCAGUCUAAUGUUCUAAAUGCUACGUUUAAUUUGAUUUCGCCAGUGAGAGGAAGUAGGUGUUUCCUGUAUAGGUGACUGCUUGAUUCUGGUUCUGAAGCUGCCGGGUCUGUCCUCAUCAGCAUUCUGUUGUAGCAGAAUUGCAGCGCCUAGUGUAUAGGGUUUCGAUCCUGGGUGUUUCCUACUCAUU